UUGAAAUAAUCUACCAAUUUCUUAAAAGUAAACACUAUUUACAGAUUUGCAUCGAUGCGUUUCUUAUGAUAGUGAUUUUAAUCACUGUCAGAUAUGAUCUAUACUUGUCCCAACUAUGACAUGUCCAUAUUGUGCUACAGUUUUUUAUACAUGUCAAAAAAAAUUUUUUUUAAUACUAUAAAUGAUAUUUCUAUUUAUUAUAUUUACGUUCUUUAAUAAUUAAUUGAAAUUAAUUUAUAACCUUAUUUGAGGUAUACCCUAUCCCGCCUCACUAGUUAUAACGGAGGUGGAAGCAAAUUUUAUGUUGCCCGUGGCGGGGCACAUUUUAUAAAUAUGGACCUGUUAAUGCGUAUUUGUGAAUGCAUAGUUACAUUUAAUAAACUAUCUUCCUAAUAAAAUUUUGGGAAGGUUCUUAAUAUAAAAAUCUAUCUGUUUCUUUCAGUCAGGAUUUGAACUUGAAAAAAAUCAAGAAAUUACUAAAGAAACAAUAAUGUAUCAUAACAUUAAAUUGUUAGGUAAUUAAUAAUCAGUUAGGAAGGGUAAUGUUAUUGUGGCUAGGUGUGGCAAUAUAUUUAUAAAACGAAAGUUGCGUGUCCAGUAAUUUUAUUAGAUUGGAAACAAAAAUUAAAAGCUAUAAUGGGGUGUGGUUCUAGUUGUUUUUCCCGCCACUAUAAUAUGUAAUUCUUUNUUACGAUAUUGCAUCGCAUUCGGAAAAAAUGUCGACACAAAAUAAUCUCAGACAUUGUUUGCCAUUUAAAUAUCCAUUUCCAACAAGUCCUGUUUUUACAACAACUACCACACCAGAUCCUUUGGACAUAUUAAGUGUAGAUGAUGAAUGGUUGGAAUUUCAAUUGUACAAUGGAUAUCGAGUGUGGCACAUUAUUUUUUUCAUUUUGACUGUAUUUUUUUCGCUAAUGGUAUUAUUAUGUUGCUGUGUUCGUUUCCGAAUUCCACGAACAAAACAAGAAAUUGAAGCUGAUUUUAUGCGACGCAAAAUUGCAACAAAAUUUUGCAAACAAUUACGGUUGUUGAAUGAUACGGAAAUGGACGACAUGGACCUUUUAAAAGCACUUAAAAGACUACAGGCUGAACUUGAGACUGAUGACGAUAUUAUAGAAGACAAUUCCGAAGUUUCGACAAAAACAACUACUCCAAAAUCACCAAGUUUGAAGAGAUCUGCCAAAUCGUCGGGUUUUAAUUCGUCAGAAAAAUUGCCUGAAGAACCAGAAAAUAUGUUAGGCAGAAGAUUAGCCACUAUUGUAAAUAUUUUAAGUAUAAUAAAACCAAAACGUAAACAGACAACAAACGUUACCAAACAAACGUCAAUGACAGUUUAAUUUAUC